CUGAAAAGGGCUAUAGCCAGCUAGAGAAGGAAGCGCUGGCGCUGGUAUUUGGUGUAAAAAAGUUUCAUUACUACCUGUAUGCAAGGCAUUUUGUUCUGCUCACGGACCACAAGCCAUUGGCUACAAUUUUUGGUCCUAAAACGGGCAUACCGCCAAUUGCCGCCGCACGACUACAACGAUGGGCAGUUGGUUUGUCCGCCCAUUCCUUUUCACUAAAGUCCCUGCCUUCUGCACAGAGCGUUGAUGCAGAUUGUUUAUCAAGGCUGCCAGUCACACAACCGACUGUCGAAGAUCAGGAGGAACCGUUUUAUGACCUUCGCUUUGACACUAUGCCGGUCAACAGCCAUGACAUAGCUCGCGAAACUUCACGUGAUGCUACAUUGCGUGCAGUGACGCAGUACAUUCUGUCAGGCUGGCCGCGCAGUGUCCCUGACGAGAUCAAGCCUUUUUUUCAUAGACGACUGGAACUGUCUAUACAUCGAGAAUGCAUUAUGCUUGGGAUGCGCGGACUCAUUCCCAAAAAAUCUCGCGCGUUCAUCUUAGACGAGUUGCACCAAGGUCAUCCAGGUGUUGUGCGCACCAAAGAACUAGCAAGGAGCUAUGUUUGGUGGCCUACUAUCGACAAUGAUAUUGAGCGGUUCACCUCAUCUUAUGUGACGUGCGGAUCCAAUCGCAAUUUGCCACCUAAAGCGCCUUUGCAUGCUUGGGCCCGGCCUACGCGCCCCUGGCAGCGACUGCAUGUUGACUUUGCCGGCCCACUAAGCGGAGUGAUGUACCUCGUAGUGGUGGAUGCUCAUUCAAAAUGGCCAGAAGUGUUUCCGAUGGGCACAACCACCAGUGAAGCAACCAUUUCAUGCUUACAUGAACUAUUUUGCAGAUUUGGAUUCCCCGAAACUUUGGUGUCGGACAACGGCACUCAGUUUACUUCUGCAGAUUUCCAGGAGUACCUGCAGCGAGUAGGAACGCGGCACGUGCGAACGGCUCCGUACCAUCCGAGCAGCAACGGUCUGGCAGAACGUUUUGUCCAGACGCUCAAGGCCGCACUUCGGAAGUCCAACCGCUCCACGUCGCCGUCGGAUAUCGCAGACUUUCUCCUGGCGUACCGCAACACUCCGCAAGCAACUACGGCAGAGGCACCCUCUGUUUUGCUGUUGAGGAGGCGCCUCAGAACAAGGCUGGACCACGUGAGGCCUUCUGUUGAAGACGCAGUCACCCACAAGCAGUUCCGGGAAGCCAGUCGUCAUAGAAGUCGCGAGAGCACGUUCCGCGAAGGUGACCUCGUGCGUGUUCGCAACUCUCGCCGUGGACCAAUGUGGUUCAGUGCUACCGUGUUUGCUCGCACCGGCCCAGUGUCCUAUCGUGUGAGUGUCGUGACUCCUCGUGGUGUGUGCGAGUGGGUGCGUCACCGGAAUCAUAUACUGCGUGCUCCGGACACAGACGACUUGGUGAUCACUGACCCAGACUUUCGCGCCGAGGCCCCCGUGACAGUGAGCACAAGCCCUACCGGCCCGUCCGAACUGGCAGAGCAGCCAUUGACUGCUAAUCAGGCCACCGAGCAAGGCCGCCGGUACUCGCAGCGUCAACGCCGAGCUCCCGACCGCUACGGCACCUAGACCCCGGGACUCUAAGCAAGUGGGGGGAGAUGAUAUGUCGUGCGCCUGCGCGAUAUGGCUUGGCCGCGUGUCUUGCGCCGAGGCUACGGAUUGUGUUAUCACACUCACUGUGCCUAAAAAGCGCCGGCAUUGGAGCUGGCGCGGGCAUUCCUUGUUGUAACGUUGUCACGUGCAGUUCGCCCGUCGUUUUAGUUGCUGGCAUAAUAAAGCCUCAGU